AUGCCCUGGCAGGCGACAGUCAGGGUGGAGUUAAAGCUAUUUUCACAACUCGAUGCAGUAAACAACCGACCCGUAAACAACGCGGGAAUAUUUUAUGUAUUUCCAAUAAACGACCAUAAAGCUCAAUUCUGCAACAGCAACGAUGAAAGUGUGGUGCACGCCGGGUAUGGGAAUACUUCGUUGACGGAUGGCACUUCACUAACAGAGAACAACAAAAGCCACGCGCGAGAGGAACAUGGAGUGAAAUGGCCAGUGUCCAGAGAAGAAGACAGCCUUUCACAAAAAUUCAAAGUGGACUCCAGGCCUGGUAGGAGGGCUGGCCUGGACGAUGCUGUGCCUGGUAGGAGGGCUGGCCUGGACGAUGCUGUGCCUGGUAGGAGGGCUGGCUUAGACGAUGCUGUGCCUGGUACAAGGCCCAUUCCUCACAGAGUGGACAAAUUAAAGGAUAACAAUACCAGAGAUGUAUAUCAUAUCUUCACCAGACCUACAUCAGACAAUAUUCUGAAACCAUAUACUCCGUCCAGCAUUGGGGCAAGCUUGAAACCAGCAGAUGACCUGCAUUCAUCCAGACCUACCUCAGACAAGAGCCUGAAACCAUAUACUCCAUCCAGCAUUGGGGCAAACUUGAAACCAGCAGGUGACCUGCAUUCCGUUAAGUCCACAAAGCAACGACCCAUCCCUGAGUGGUUAAAAUCACCGUCAACGAUAUCAGUGCAGGGGAAUCCUGCCAAGGUGUUCACUGUCAAGGGAAAGUCUAAGCACAAUGUGUUCAUACCAAGUGAUUCAUACAAAUGCAUAAUCAAAGCCAUCUGUGUCCUCCCAGAUGGAAAGGUCCUGGUUGCAGACAGCGGUAAUCAGAAAGUCAAGCUUCUGAACCAGCAGUACCAGGUGGUGAGUCACUGUGGUGUGACUGCUGGGCCAUGGGACAUGUGUGUUAUCACACCCAGUGAGGUUGCAGUGUCUGUGUAUCAUGGGAUCCAGUUUAUCACAGUAAACAAAACCCAGCUGGUGCCAGGGAGGAAGGUUCAGUUAGAACAUGAUUGUAAAGGUAUCGCCCACCACCAAAUGGACCUGUUCAUCACUUCACGUAAAGCACUGUACAAGUACUCACUGAGUGGGAAUCUGGUCUGCAUACUGUAUGAGGAUGUGUCAGGUCCUUAUACAGGCCAGGUGCUGGUCUGUGCAGAGCUGUCCUCCAAUGUACUACAGGUGGGCUGGGAGGGGCAGAGUAAGCUGACUACGCUGGCUACAUGGGAGGAUGGAUUGCUGCUGGGUCGGGUCAACGUUGCUGAGGAUGUGGGGGACAAGCAUGACGCAGAAGCAACUGCUAAGCACAGAAGACAAAGGAGUAGUGAAAGGCUCAGCCAAAUCAAAGUCCAGCAAUGUGAGGGUGACACAGCCUUUCCAUGUCCUGGUAUUGCAACAUGA